AUGCAUUUGUUUUCUUCAGCAAUUUUAAUAGUUUCAAUCACGGUGAUCGGCCUAGUUUACGGUCAUUUAACACGGUCAUCGUUGGCUGAGAAUGUUUUCUUGCCGAAGGAAAGUUCAAGCGAUCCAUAUGAGAAUCGUUAUGUACAAACAAUAUUUCGAAUGAAUAAAAAGGAGCUGAUGCAAAUACCGAAACUUGACGAUGAGGUAUUUUUAUUCAAUCUAGAGCGAAAUAUCGAUGACAUGACGAGCUUGGUUGUAAUUAAAGAUGUAUCGAUGAUAUUCGAUGAUAAACUCGACGAACAGCUAUUAUCACAGCGUGACAUUGAAGAGAAAUGGGAAGAUCUAGUUGUAGCGGGUCCGAUUACUGUGAAUUACAUCAGUAAUCUUAUGCUAGUAGCCAGUAGAAGAGAUUUUGCUUUAGUGCGACCGACACCCGAUUAUGUUUAUACUCACAUGAAAUAUCCGAAUUCCUUUCGCGCCACUUUGGUUCAGGUUGCAAACGAAAUGUACGCGGCAUUUCUCGGUGCACAUACCAAUAUGGAUCGUAUUCAGACGAAUAUGCAGCAGAUACCGAAUCAUCUCAAGACCGCUCUCAAACUACUCACAUCUGCUUCACCUCGUCUUAUUAAAGCGUUACUUCCGCUAACAUUGAGUAGUAUUGAACGGAUUGCCAGUCAAUCGGUUGAAUCAGCUAAUUCAACAUUUCAAAGCUACACGAAACUUUCAGGAUUGCUAGGUGAAAUAACAGCAGUUACUAAAUACACUCAGAAUUCGACCGAACUCGUACUUGGGACAAUAAACGAUACCUGGAAUAACUCAACUAAAGAACAAGAAUUAUUAAAUUCUCAACUCGAAUGGAUACGUCAAGAAUUUGAAACCGCACGAGAAGCUCUACAGAAAGCUCAAAAAGAAUAUCACGACGCGUAUCAUGCUAUUCCGGGACGACGAAAGCGUUUUCUGGGAAGCGUCGGAAAUUUCUUCGGUGGAAUAUUUAGCAGUGUGGUAAAUGUUAUUGGUGGAGCAUUGAAUACUGUUGGAUGCAUUUUUGCUUCAUGUAGUGGCAAGCCCAAUAACUUGGCAUUCGAAAAUGCAAAAGCGAAAGCAGAAUUGGCAUAUAAACAUUUGCAAGAAGCACAAGCCAUAUACGAUACAUGGUAUGCGAAAAUGUUGGAGAAGCAGAACACACUGACUGCUACUAUCAUACAAUUAUCUCAAUUGGACAUGGAUAAAGUCGAUCAUCAGACCAUUAUUGAUAUUCUUGUCAAAGCAGCCAAAGAAAUCGGUCAUAUACAAGAACAAUGGAAUCAUAUGAUUCGAUUUUUUUCAAAAAUCUCCAUUCAAGCCGAACAGACACAAGAGACAAUUCUAUUUGAAUUCGUUGCCGUUAUUGAGGCAACCGAAAUGAUAAGCGGAUAUUUGGAUGACGCUGAUCGAGAAUUCUACGUCACAUUGCUUCUUCAAACAGCAGAUGAUAUAGAUCGUGGAGCACAUCUGUUGUAUAUUAUGUCCAAAACUUAUUAUGAUGUUAGUGCUAAAUAUAUGAUGAAUCAAAUUGCUGGAAUUUCAGGACUUUUGGUCACUCAAACAAAUGAGGAACGUGAAAAUCGAAUGAAACAAAUUGCUCAAGAAACACUUUCAACAUCGGCAAAAGUGUCUCGUAUGGCAUUAGAACGGCGGCAACAAUAUGAACAACGAAAUAAAGAGCGACAGGAUGUUUAUCAACAAUUUAUUCAAGAAGCUAGUUUGAACGAAUUUCAAUCAUCCAUCGGAAAAUAG